CCAAACUCCCUGAACUCAAAAACACAAAACUCUCUCAAACUCCCUACACUCUCUCAAACUCUCUCAAAAUCCCUGAGAUUUAAAAUACACUCAACUCCCCAGACAUCACUCGGGCACUAACCCCCUGUAAGAAAAUAAAGGCCUCUGUAUUCUCCUCCAUCGUGGGUUUAUCAAAGAUGAAACUUUCCCAUAUCCUUUGCCCACAAUUCUUCUGAUUUUUUAUUUUCAGUUUCUCAUAUCAUUAACCAUAUUCAAGUGAAGAAACCAUGGACAGAUCGAGCGACUAUUCAAGUGAAGAAACUGUGGACACAUCGAGAUGCGAAAUCACUUUAGGAAGAAGGCUAACGAAGAUACUAAUGAACAAAGGCAAAGGCAAGUGAUGAUCAUGACUUUGCUGGUUCCUAAGAAAUUUCAACAAGCUGGAGGAAAGACGGAAGUUGUAAGAUCCAAUGUAAAGACACCACACUGUGCUGGCAGAAAAGAAAUUCCAAGAGUUGAACACAAGAUGUGUAAUGAUGAACGCGAAGACGACGGCAAACAGAAGAGCAACAAUAAGAAUAGACAUACAGAAGAGAUGACAAAGCUAAAAGACCCGAGUUGUUCCAGUAAGCACCAACUAAACCAGCUAAGGAAACGAAGAGGAUUAGUAUUCCUAUGAAGAGAAUUGGCCACCGGAAUAGACCUAUGCAUUCGUUGUCUGGUUUUGAUGAUAACCAAAUUCCUGAACCGAUUAUGGGUAUUGAGCAGAGUAAGGCUAUGAAGUUUAGAAGUGAUGUUAUGUUGUUUCUUAGUGCCAUUGGGGAUCUAAGUUGUGAUGGUGGUUGUGGUUGUGGAUGUGGUUUUGAGAGAUUUUUGAGUCUUGAGACUUUGUUUCGGUGAAAGGGUUAAAAGCGUUGGUUACUCAAUUGUGAUGGUGGUUGUGGUUGUGGAGUAGUAAUCCACUGUGGAUGGAGAAAAUGAGUGAAGUUUCUUUUCCGAUUGAAAACUUAUGGAAAGUUCUCAUUAAAGAAUAUGGAGAAUGGAGUUGAGUUUGUUACUGUAA